AAUAUGAGAAACCUAGGCUGCAAUUGCUCAUGAGGUAAGCUUCGGGGUUUUAAUUUUAACAGGCUGAGAUAGCAGAUUUUUACAGGAUUAAAACAACACCCUGACGUGCUGGAGCAUCUGGAAAAUAUUUUAUUAACUGGGAUUUCCGGUUCUCUCUGACGCUGAACCGGUGAACAAUUUUGAUACAUUGUUGCCACUUUUAAGAAAUCGGAACAUUGGAAUAUUUCCGUCUUUUUUUGAUAAACAGUAGGCUACAUUUGUGUCCGCUUUUUUUGUUUGUUUGUUUCAAAUCCUGAAGAACACCCGCCACACACACACACACACACCCACACACACGCUUUGUGGGACACCGAGUGAGCGCGAGACGUCUCGAGACGACAGAUAAUCCCGGAUUGACCAGGAGAAGCAUUGCGGCGUGAGGAGCGCGCGAGACUGAACGCAAAAACAAACAAACGCGCGAAGAAGAAAACAAACAAAAAGAAGCGCGUGAUUAUAUUUAUAUUUAUAUUUCUACUCUCAAAAGCCGGCUUCUGGUUGUCAUUGACAGCAAAGUGAAAAUGGGUUGGGCGACCUUAGGUGGGCGCUUCUUCUCACUGCUCUGCUGCUGAAGGUGAGGCGUCGCACGCAGGAGGAGCAUCUCCACACACACACACACACACACGCACACGCACGCACACGCACACGCACGCACACACACAUUUCUACACGCUAACGUUGCCUACUGAGCUGGAGAACACUGCGCCGAGCUCUGAAGGUGUCCUUUCCUGACCAGAAGAAAAAGCGUGAUAUUUCUCGAGUGUUUUGUGAGGCGGUCCUUCAGCCACUUUCUCCUCCACCGACCUGCCGCGUUUCCUCUGGAGCGUGGGCAGCAGCUGGAGCGUCUACAGACGCGCUGUUCUUGGGGUUUUUUUCUGGUUUUUUGGGAAGCCGUCUCAGCAGACAGGACACAAUAGGCUGCGGGAUCUAAUCUCAGCUGGACGGGAGUGUAUAGAGUCCGUCUCGUGCUGGUGCCUGACCCGUGGACACGCAGACUCGCACGGAUCCUCGGGCUGUGUUUCAGGAGCGGCGCGGCGGCGGUUCCGGCGCUGAAUUCUGGGGCUGGCGGAAUUGUAGUGGGGGUCGGUGCGGAGCUGCGCUGUGAGGACAGGCAAGUUUCAGUUGAGCUCGUUUCGGAGCGACACUGGGACACGCAUUCUCCAGAGAUGGAGAUCAAAUGGCUAAUUAUAGCCUGUGUCUUUCUUGCAGGCGUGAGUACAGCCCAGAGGCUGGUGUCGGUGCAGCCUGGGCCUCUGGUGCGGACCGAGGGCACCCACGUGACCAUCUGGUGUAACGUGACCGGCUACAGAGAGGGAAUGGAGCAGGACUUUGAGUGGUCGAUGUACCUCGAUACAGCUCCUGAUCGAGAGAUCCGUAUCGUCAGCACAGCCCAGUCCAACUACGCCUACGCCGUCUAUUCCCAGCGCGUCAAUGCCAAAGAGAUCUACGUCGAGAGACUGAGCGGCGACUCCGCCCUUCUGCACAUCACCAAGCUGCAGGCCAAGGACCAGGGCGUUUUCGAGUGCUACACACCCAACACGGACGGCGUGUACCUGGGCACCUACAGCGCACGAACCAACCUUACCGUGAUUCCCGACACGCUGUCCGUGACGUCGGCCACUCAGACCCUGUCCAAAGUAGAAGGGGACACGCUGCAGCUGAUCUGCGAGGUCACGCGUCAAACGUCUCAGCACACACACGUCGCGGUCGGCUGGUACGUGCGCUCCACGGACGAGCCGUCUGGCCAGGCGAGGGACCUCGUGACCCUGACGCGGGACAUGGUGCUGAGGCCUGGGACGUCAUACCGGCAGCGUCUGUCCUCCGGAGACGUGCGGCUGGACAAGACGAGCAGCACGUCCUACCGCCUCACGAUCUACAGCCUACAGCCCACAGAUGAGGGCCAGUACUACUGCGAGGCAUCAGAGUGGAUCCAGGACCCCGACCGCUCCUGGUACUCCAUGACACGCAAGCAGUCUGACAAGACUGUGGUCAAAGUUCAGCCCACAGAUCGGGACUUUAGCAUCCAGUUGACAACAGAUCGCCGGGCCUACACGGCAGGUGAGCCGCUGGAGCUCCGCUGCACCAUAGAUGCUCAGAAUGUUGCUGAGCGUUACUUCUCGGUGUCGUGGGUCUUCAGCAGCUCGUCUGUAGCCGUGGUGGGGCCCAGCGCUGUGCCCGUACUGGGGGCAAACUACGUGCAGCGUGAGGCCACUGGCCUCAUGACCAUUCGUAAGGAGAGCCCGUCUGUCCACCUGCUCAAACUGCAGCACCUGCUUCCUGAAGAUGCUGGGAAAUAUAUCUGCAGGGUGACUGAGCGGGAGAAGACACCCACCGGAGACUUCAUCGAUCGAAGCAAGCGCUCCCGUAAUGUUCAGAUCACCGUAACUCCCCUCAGCAGUAACAUUAGCGUGUCAUUGACUAGCAACUCCUUUGAAGUGUUGGAGGGAGAGCACAUCCACUUGACAUGCACAGUGCACUCCACAGUCGGAGCUCUGUCCAUCGUCUGGCAGUGGACAGAUAAGGAUGGCAGCGCUCCUGCUGUUGACCUGGCUUCAGUGGACCGCUUUGGCACCGUACAACCUGGAUCCAGUUACCGGGAACGUCACAGCUACGGGGAGGUCCAUACGGAGCGGGUGCAACCGGACACCUUUACCCUCACCCUGUACAACGCCUUCCCCACAGACGAAGGGCAGUACCGCUGCGGUGCCACCGAGUGGCUUCAAAGCGGCAGUGCGCCAGACUGGGAGUGGCAGCAGAUCGGGGAGAACACAGCCACCACUGCCAUCACUGUGAAAUCUGUCGGAAGAAAAACCUGCCCCCACACAAACAGAGGGUGUGAAGCAGAGUCGUCUUUCUUCGUGUCGGCCUCGUCACGCACUCCCAGCGUGACCUUUGGCGACUCGUUUGACCUGCAGUGCAUUGUGAAAUCCCGCCAUAGCCCUAGCAUUCCUGCCUCGGUGACGUGGCGCUUCCAGCCGGCGGAGGGUGGCAGCGAGCUGCGAGACGUGGUGACGUUCACACACGACGGCACGCUGCAGUGGGGCGAGCAGACGCUGGGCCUUGGUACACGCACCUCGGUGGACCGCACACGCAACAACACCAACUUCCGCCUCAGCGUCACCCGAGCCGGGCGCAAAGAGUCCGGGACGUACCAGUGUGCCGCCGUCCUGUACCGCAGAAAUUACGACGCCACCUGGAGGAUCAUCGCUAACCGCACAUCUAACCUGCUGGGCAUCAGCGUACUGCAGCCAGUGAGCAAGCUGCGCAUGCAAAAGCUCAACCAGAGCCUGCAGUUUGUGGAAGACAGCCGCGUGCGCCUCAACUGCUCCGUUGCGUCCCAGACGAGUACCGAGUCCCAGCAUGCCGUGCUGUGGUAUGCGCGGAAGGGAGGGGCGACCGAGCCUGAUGAGCUGCUGUUGAAGAUCGAGCGUACUGGGGCGUUUGAGUACGGUGCGUACGCUGAGGAGGAGCGCCUGCGCAGCCGCGUGCAGUGCGAACGCCUCUCGCCCAGCCUCUACGGUCUCACGCUGCACCGCGCCGAGACCAGCGACUCCGGAACCUACUACUGUCUAGUGGAGGAGUGGCUCACUGAUCCCGAUGGAGUGUGGUACCGCCUGGCCCGUGACUCAUCAGGCUUCACGCACGUAGUGAUCAAGCAGCCAGCCGUCAAAUUACAGGUGGAGGAGACCGAGUCGAACAUCACAGUGUCGGAAUACGGAUCAGUCCGGUUGGGCUGCAGCAUCCCCUCCCAGUCCUCCAAAGACUCUCGGUUCUCUGUGUCAUGGUACGUGUCCCGCUCGGAGAGAGAAGGCGAGCGGGAGUGCGUGUUCUCUAUCGGCCACGACGCCGUGUUCGGUAAUGGGAACUGCAGUCCGAUGGAGGAACCAGGCCACAACUCUCGACUGCAGUUUGAGCGUACUACCUCAGACGUCUACAGCCUGACCAUUCAAAGGGCACGUCGAGGAGAUGCAGGAAAAUACUACUGUCACGUAGAGGAGUGGCUCCUGAACCCACGCAACGCCUGGUAUCGCCUCACUACAAACAACUCUGGAGCUACCAUCGUUAAUGUUCUUGACAAAGUUUCAACCCUGCAGUCAGUGGUGUGCUCCAACAACUCGCUUUUCUAUUUCGUUUUCUUCUACCCGUUCCCCAUCUUUGGCAUCCUGCUCAUCGCUGUUCUGCUGGUGCGCUACAAGAGCCGGAGUUCCAACAAGAAUCAGGAAGGAAAGAACGGUGCGCCGUUGCUCUGGAUCAAAGAGCCUCACCUGAGCUACUCACCCACCUGCCUGGACCCCCCUGCUCUCAGCCUCCACCCAGGCUCUGUCGAGUAAACUGGGCAGAAAGAAUGCCCUCCCGUAAUCAUCCUCUCUCUCACUCUCUCUUUCUCUGGUUUUUUUUUUUCUUCCUUUUUUUUUUUUUUUUGCUAUCUCUCCUGUUCCUCAGGAGCGCUGUGGGCUCCUGACUCAGCCCUGUUAAUCCCUCCAUAUGGCUGACUCAACCCCUACUCAGUUGACGUGGUCAUGGCUGCAGCGGCUGCCAGAGGAAAAGCCUAGACGUUUGGUUCGGUCGUUUAUUUCAAGGAAUUUCUUUGUAUCGUUUUCACACUCCGCUAUCUGGACUGAUCAUAUUCUCUCAUCGCCCUCACCUGAGCAGAAGUGCCUGUGUGUCUCAAAGCAUUAGGUCUUUUUUUCCCCCCCAGACACACAUGGUCUACAGCACCCUGGUCUGCAACUGGGAUGAAGAACCUGUUCUGUAAAGGAUUACAUGUGAGUUUAUUCUCUUUUUUGAACGUGUGGUAUGAACCCCCCUUUUCUUUUUCUUUUUUUUCUUUUUUACACAUUAUGAAGGCUGGUUUCGUUCACCUGGCUCUAAUUUCAGUAGACUGGCUGCUCACAGCGCUAGCCUGUAAACGUUUUCUGGCAGGAAUAGUACACAGACAGAAAAGUGUCAUUCCACCAGGUGAUAAAAUCUUGGAAAGGAAGGCGGUGAUCUUGCAUUCUUGACUAGGAGGAAGCCACAGAACCGAUCUCAGACCCGUGUCUGUUUGAGCUGAUAAAACAGAGGGGCGAGAGAUGUGUCACCUCCCACUGAGUCUCAUCCUCACUGCCAAAGACCCACUAACACUUGGCUGAUUCUCAGUGCUGAAGACUAACAAACCGGUCCGUCUGCACAAACUAUAACGACUUGACUAGUGUCCAUGACUCCCAUUCCUCUACAUGAGAAUACCAGAAAGAAGGACGCUACACAACGAGCUCGUCGAAUUCCUGCUCUGACCUGUAGUUCCAUCACUAGCGCACACUACGAUGUGGUAUGCUUUUUCUUUGUUCGACGUUUCCUCUCUGAACAAUGGUAGAACUGGGAAUUUCUACUUAAAUUUCCCUAAAAAUGACUCCAGACUGCUGGCCUCUGAGGUGUCUAAGCGAUGUGUGCGUGUGCUGUAAGAAACAUCGCAAUGCUUCACCUCGUACUGUGAACACUUCACCCAUCACCCAUACACCUGUAGUACUAGGCUGAGUGGAGACCAUUCUGAUGGAGUCCAGGUAAGGCGUAGGACUUUAACAUAACGAGACGGUUCCUCUCCACGUCUCCCCGGUUUUAAACUGCCUGUUAUAAACAAGAGACUGUUUGAGAAAUACACGGGACAAUCCUAGUGCCAAGACAUUUGUCAUUGUUUUAUCCGUGCCCUGUCUAAGUGGCCCAGAAGGACGGCAAAAGCCUCCAGGCUUCGAGAUACUACAGUAUGUAAAUAUGGCUUCCCAGCUCAAGCUAGGGGCUUAUGAAAUAUGUAGGUUCAACGAGCUGUUUUCAACCGCUGAGACUUAGUCAAUGAGAUUCUUCAGUAAAUAUAUAUCAACUCGAAGAUCUAGAAAAUCACUAUAAAACUCCAAGGUAUAUAAACUCGCUCCUCCAACUGCUUCUAAGGGAUAGGAUUUCCUUUAUUACUGCAUAAAGGUUCUUAAAACAACUAUCUACGAAAUAAUCUUUUAAAUGGAAAUUCCAUCAAACAUAUUUAGAGAUUCUUCUGUUGUGUUAGAAGUGUGGGGUUUUGAUAUUCCAAAGUGCAGCGCAUCACUACAGAGGGAGCGUAAAUACACCUCCCUUGGGUAUGCUGCUUUGCUUAUUAGGGUGCAUAAGGCAACAAUGAAUUUAUACCUUUUCUUGCCAAGGCAGUGAAAUUUAAUUACACUUCACUACACUGAACGUCUGUUAGGUCAAGGUUUGUUUAAAACCCAUUUCUGGAAGCAAAUUGACAACAAUCGAACGCUGAAAGUCUGUGGGAGGUGUAUUUUUAUUUUAUUUUUUAAUGUUCUUUAUGCCCCUGGAGUUCACAUUAAAAAUGUAUUCCCUUCAUUUAUAAUCCCAGCAAAUGAGUCUACAUGUGCAGGCAGAAUGUGCCUUUUAUCUCUUUUAAGAUGUUUAAUUCAACCUGAAGUAAUGUUUGCUACUACCAGAGGUGUUGCCAAAGAUGUGACAAGAACAGGCGCAGCUCAUGUCCUCCCAAAAUGUCUGGUAGUCCCUGUGACCGACACGAAUCCUAUCUAUAUGUACUGAUUGUGACUACUGUUGUAGUUGAACCUUCACUGCUGCAUAUCCUCCUAAAAGUAACACUUGCAGUUAAAGAGUUCUCAUCCAGUUAGUCCUGCCACUUUGGCUAGCUAGCAUGCUAAUCAUGUACUGUAAUGUUAGCUAGCUAUUACUCAAAAGACCCGGUUACAGCAGCAAUCUACUACUGAUGUGGUGGUGUUUUUUAUUAUUAUUAUUAUUUGUGUGUUUUUCUUUCUGCUUGACUUAACAUUUAGGGCUUUAAAAAUCUUUCAAAGGUUUCCGUACACUGUAUUAACGGUAUCGUAGGAAUGCAGAGUUUAGUUUUGGUUUUUUUCCCCUCGUGAUCGAGAUAUCCGCACCAGGCUUUUGGAACUGAACGUAAUGAAACCAACCUAGCUGUCGAGUUAGCAAAGUAAAGUAGUCAUACAUUUCACAAAGGACUAGACCACUGCCCUCGAUACAGGUGGAAUGUUUAUUACAGCACAAUAAAUCUGCUAUAGCUGUUAUAUGGAUAUGAACAAUACAGUACAAUUUAUAGAAAGGUCUUGAUGACGGUCUUCAUUUUUUCUUUGCUUCUUUGUAAAGCCUCGAAAUAUUUUUAUCUCCCUCCUGCGUGUUCCCUGGAAUUACCGUAUCCGGAGCUGCUCCUGGUUAGUACACUGCCAAAAUUUUGCCACUGAAGUCAAUAUAUCACAGAUUAAAGCUGGACCGCUUUAAGAAAGACACAUAUUUUUUAGUCCGAUAAUGACGUACGAGUUACACUUGAGAAGUUUUUUUUCUUUUUCUCUAUUAAUUCUUAAUGUGUUUUUAGCCACGUCCUUUUUCGUGAGGUCUGAAACCCGAGGAGUUUCGCACAGCACGCGUUAACUAUUGAAAGCUAGAUGCAGUUCAGCAAGUUCACGUCCCUCUCGAGACAAACGAGAACCUCAAAUGCAGCGAUUUGAUUCGUCCUCUCCGGCCCAGCGUCAGGCACUCGCGCGCGAUCACGCAGACCAUCUGUACCCCAGCGAUCUUCACUGUAAAUGCACACAAACAUACGAUACACAGACGUACGAUAACGAUCCGCUCGACGUUUUGUGCUUGUCUUGUUUUUAUUUAUUGAAAUGUACUGUAAAACAUUUAGUUUAGACUGUGUGAACUUCGGCAGUUUGCAUAGAUAGCCUUUUUGCGUGGACUUUUUGGACAAUAAAGCCUCCGUGGCAGAGGGUAUUAUGGGAGGUGCUUUGUGAGCGUGUGGGCUGCGAGCGAUCAUCCACACGAAGCCGUCAGCUCGUAUUAUUUCUCUUUAAAAUCGUGUCAAAGUGUAUAGUGCAUGAUGGAGGAGGAGGACGAGGAGGCAUUUUGAUGUUUUGAACUCUUGAGCAUUGUAUUUCGUGACAUCAUGCCAGUCUGUUGUCACCCUCUCCAUCUCCUGCAUGUUGUACGAGCGUUAUAAAUUGGUUCCUGGAGGUUUUUCCGCCCUGUGGGAGCUCAUUUCUCCUCGGUAACCUGAGGGAAAAUCGCCUGUAAUGAUUGAUUUUUUAUUUUUUUAUUUUUUUUCCCGGUCUCUAAAAUAAUUCCGUGUUUACUUCACACUUUGCAGGCUAUAUAUGAAACGUUGUACGAGUAACAGCUGCGGUUUUCUGCAGACAGUGUUUAUUUGCGCAAAAUUUGCAAUACGAUGAUGUUGCCUGCGUGGACGAGUGUGGAUGAGCGUGGAUGUGUACUUGCCAUAGGCUGCUCUCGUUGCAGGAGAUGGAGGAUGUGGCACUGCUGUGCGAUGUUGCAGUGCUGACGCCAUUCGAGCUAUAGAGAUUUCCUCUAAACUAGUGUUUUUUGUAGUUCAGCGUAACUAGCGGACCCAUAACACCCUCGCAGUGUUGUAGAUGUGUUCUGAGGGCUGCAUGUCAUGGCUGUGUACUGACUCCAGAUUAGCUGUGGAAUUUGAAAAAUAAUACAUUGUGGUGAUGUGUUCAAUUCAGCCAGUGAUGCUUUUUCAAGUGCUGUGUUUUUAUUAUCAUUAUUAUUAUUAUUAUUAUUAUUAUUAUUAUUAUUAUUAUUAUUAUUAUUUUGUAAUUAUACAAAUGCACUGAUGUUAAAAAGAUCAUAGCCUUUUUAUGCUUUGUGUUUUGUUGUAAUAUGUUUUCUUUUGGUAGUUUAUAUAUAUAUAUAUAUA